GGCGCAACUGCAAUUGGCCGCCGAACUAAAUUAUAGAUGAUUAAUGCUCAACGACGGGUAGAACACGCAGAGCGAUGCGGACUAUCAAGCUCGUCGUUAUUGGCGCUUCUGGCGUAGGCAAGACUUCUCUCCGUGGUCAGUAUAUAUCGGGUCGUUUUUCCACUGGCUACCGUGCAACAAUCGGUGCAGACUUCAUAACAAAAUCCCUUCCUGACCCAAAAACACCAACCGAGGUCAUCUCUCUUCAGAUAUGGGAUACCGCGGGCCAAGAACGCUUUUCCUCGCUCUCCUCUGCAUUCUUCCGCGGCGCAGACGCCGUCCUACUCAUGUUUGACGUCAGCGCACCUGAGACUAUGCACGCGCUCACGAAAUGGUGGGAGGAGUUCAAGCAUCGAGCACCGGUUAGCGAUGAAGAAGUUGAUAACUUUUGUUGUGUGGUCGUUGGGAAUAAAAUGGAUCUGUUACAGCCCGGGAUGGGUGUCACUGUGGAGGAAGCGCAGAGAUUCGUGCAGGAGCUUGUGCCUCUUUCGGAACCUGAGCCACAGGUUGCAGAGCAUCAUGUGGAAGGAGAGAUCGUGGUAGACCCUAUUUCAGGGGAGGACGAGGAUGUCAUUCUUGAGCAUCAACUCGGGCUCGGGUCACACACCGACCCAGCAUCCCUCCUCGCCCCCUCCGCCCGAAUAGACAUCCAAAACCACCACAAACUCUCAAAAUCACGUUCCCGUUCAAGUACACUCCACACCAGCACAUCACUAUACGGAACUUUCCGUUCAGGCGUCACCUCUUUCCACACCCCCUCUUCCUCCCUCUCUGAGAUAUAUACAAGUGCACGGUCCUCUCCGCUUCCUGGGUCCCAACCGGGAUCACCAGCACGAAUGAGGAGAAUGACGAGUUUGUCUAGUACAUCAACUACUACUACGACGACGACGACUACGACGACUUCUUCGUCUGCGCUUACUAUCACACCGAGUCUAUUCACGCGGGGCCAACGUCCCACCACGCCCCAAGCAGAUCCGGACCUUUUCCUACCCUCCGCCCUUCCAGACCCACCAGACACGGGCCCAAAGCUCUUCCUCACAUCCGCAAAGACCGGAACGGGUGUAAGCGACGCAUUUGAGUAUAUCGCUUUGCGCGUGGUGAGGAAGUGGGAAUAUGAAGAGGCUGUGGAGGCGAGGACGUUUCAUGUGAGGGAUGAGAGUGAUGGGGAUACGGUUCGGUUGGGGUUGGAGGAUGGGAGGAGGAAGUGGAAGACCCCGGGGUCGUGUUGUGGGCAAUAGUGGUGGACGCACUGUAGGCGAUAGUUAUGCGACCAGGCGACGAGCGCAAAGUAUUUAUCGGUAUUUCCUUUUUUUAUUUCGGUCUUUUAUGUUCGUUCAUCGUGCAUAUGUUGACCGACGAUAUCCACCAGCUUGAACGGGGACUAUAUAUCAUAAUUUAUCAGGAAUUUAUUAUGGACUCCUUUGGGCUAGGCAGAUUGUAAUAGAUUUUUAUUGAUGUGUAGUUGCGCG